CGCCAAGGGAGAUGAUAUUUGGAGACUUGGAGUCCAUUAACGCUGUGGCCCUUGAGUUCGGCAAAGACAAAAGACAAAAAUAACAAUUCCCUCCCGAGUUGGUGAACUUCAACAAACGGCACAUAGAUCAACAAUGGAAAUAGAAGCUUCAGAUGGCUCAAAAAUCCUACUUAAACCAAAUUCAACUACUAUUUUCGGCAGAGGAAAUGGGUUUUCUUCAAAUGACUUAUCAGUUUCUCGCCGUCACAUUUCUUUCGAAUUCAUUCCCUCUUCCGACCCUGAAACUACCCCCACUGUUUCGUUUGAAGUCCUGGGAAAAAAUCCUGUUUGGGUUUGCUUAAAACAGCAGGAAAAUGGGGAAAAUAUCAAAUCUUUCAAGAGACUUCAACGGGGUAAACUGGGUUUUGAUGAUAUGUUCUGCGUUUCUGCUAAGACCCCAAUUUGGUAUACUCUUAAUAAAUCUGAAGAAGUUGAUGAGGAAAUAGAUAGAAAAAGUGAGGAACCUGAAGAAAGAAUCAAUUCUGAAUUGAGUCAAAGUUUGGAAACUGCUUCUGGGUUUGAAGGUAUUCAGGAUUUUGCCCUGGAAAAUGUUGAUGUUUCUGGUAUUGACCCAGUUCAAGAAUUCGGCUUUCUAGUGAUUGGACACGAGUUUGAUCAAUAUCCAAAGCAAAUGAUUCGUGAUAUCAAGAAAUGGGAUUGGUUUCUCGAGGAUCCUAGGGAAGAUACAGACGAUGAGGACCCUAAGAAGAAAGGUUCAACGAGUAGUAGGAAAAGGAAGAAAACUAGUAGAGGAAAUGAUGACGCAGACGAAGAGUGGACUGCUGAAAGUGAAGGCGAGGAACUAACCACAACACCGAAGAAAGCUCAAAGACCAAAAUAUCAUACUCGAUCAAAAGAACACGGUGUACAGAAAAAAGGUAGAAUAAAUAAAAAAUCUUCUGCCGAAACAAGCAGAAGGGAAGAAGAGGAGGAAGAAUCUGAAGAUGAAGAGGAUGAGACCUUGGGAGGAUUUAUUGUUGAUGACGAUACUGCUGCCGAAGAUGAAGUAAACGAAAUAGACGAGGAUGAAGAGGAAGAAUUUAUCGAAGACGAUGAACUUGAGGAUUAAAUUUUAGUGUGGACUAAAAGUUAAUUCUAAUCAGAUGUUCAACAUCUUUUCUGCACAUUGUAUAUAUUCUUCUAUAUAACUUCUCUAAGACUUCAACAUCUUUUCUGCA